UCUCUUAUAGAUCAAAACCUCCCCAAAUUUUGCCAGAUAUCUUGAAGAAAAUUGGGAAUACCCCCAUGGUCAGAAUCAACAAGAUUGGAAAAAACUUUGGCCUGAAGUGUGAGCUCUUGGCCAAGUGUGAGUUCUUCAAUGCGGGUGGGAGCGUGAAGGAUCGCAUCAGUCUGAGGAUGGUUGAGGAUGCCGAGAGGGACGGGAUCCUGAAGCCUGGGGACACCAUCAUCGAGCCCACAUCUGGGAACACAGGGAUUGGGCUGGCCCUGGCUGCCGCUGUGAAGGGCUACCGCUGCAUCAUCGUGAUGCCGGAGAAGAUGAGCAGUGAGAAGGUGGACGUCUUACGUGCCCUUGGGGCAGAGAUCGUGAGGACGCCCACCAACGCCAGGUUUGACUCCCCUGAGUCUCAUGUGGGCGUGGCCUGGAGGCUGAAGAAUGAAAUCCCCAAUUCUCACAUAUUGGACCAGUACCGCAACGCCAGCAACCCCCUGGCUCACUACGACACCACCGCCGAGGAGAUCCUGCUGCAGUGCGAUGGAAAACUGGACAUGCUGGUGGCCUCCGCUGGCACAGGUGGCACCAUCACGGGCAUUGCCAGGAAGCUCAAGGAGAAGUGUCCGGGCUGCAAGAUCAUCGGCGUGGACCCUGAGGGCUCCAUCCUUGCUGAACCGGAGGAGCUCAACCAGACGGAUCAGACGGCCUAUGAAGUGGAGGGCAUCGGCUACGACUUCCUGCCCACUGUGCUGGAUCGGACGGUGGUGGAUAAGUGGUUCAAAAGCAACGAUGAGGAGUCCUUUGCCUUUGCGCGCAUGCUGAUCGCCCAGGAGGGACUCCUGUGUGGUGGCAGCUCGGGCAGCACCAUGUCCAUCGCUGUGAAGGCCGCCCAGGAGCUGCAGGAGGGCCAGCGCUGUGUGGUCAUCCUGCCUGACUCUGUGCGGAACUACAUGUCUAAGUUCUUGAGUGACCGGUGGAUGCUGCAGAAAGGCUUUAUGAAGGAGAAGGAUAUGGAGGUGAAAAAGCCGUGGUGGUGGCACCUCAGAGUCCAGGAGCUGAGCCUGUCGGCCCCGCUGACUGUGCUGCCCACGGUCACCUGCGAGCACACCAUCGAGAUCCUCCGGGAGAAGGGCUUCGACCAGGCGCCUGUCGUGGACGAGGCAGGGGUGAUCUUGGGGAUGGUUACUCUUGGGAACAUGCUGUCGUCUUUGCUCGCUGGGAAGGUGCAGCCUUCAGACCAAGUCCACAAGGUCCUCUACAAGCAGUUCAAGCAGAUCCGCUUGAUGGACUCUCUGGGCCAGCUCUCACACAUCCUGGAGAUGGACCACUUUGCGCUGGUGGUCCACGAGCAGAUUCAAUACCACAGCCACAGGGAGUCCAGUAAGAAGCAGAUGGUGUUUGGAAUCGUCACUGCCAUCGACUUGCUGAACUUUGUGGCUGCCCGUGAGCGAGAUCAGAAAAACUAA